AUGCGAACAAUUAAAACGGGUUCUAUCGAAAAGACGCUUCGGUUUCGUUCAACAUUAUUUGCAACGGGCUCGGUUUAUUUAUGGGCCAGAAAUGACCAUUUUCUUAUAGCAGAGCCUGACAAGCCGAUACUGUUCGAAAACAGCAAAUAUUAUUGGGAUUCCCAGUACUAUUAUGAUGAUGAUAUUAGCCGGAUACAAUGUGUAAACGCUAUCGAUCCAUUGGACCCACAAUUUGGAAAAGUACACUUUCCGAAUGGUACUAAAGCCAGAGAAAUCGUUUGGAGCUGUCCAAAAUCGGCUGAAUGCUGUGGAUAUGAGUGCUGUCUAGAUGAUGGCUUUUUUGCCUCUACAUUACGAAUAGCCCUCCUCGUUCUCGCCCUCGCCAUUGCCGUGUUUUUCAUAUUGGAAUGCGGCCGUUGGGCCUUACAUUGCAUCUCACAGUUUCAUAAUAAUAAAGAUUUCGAACCAGUGCCAACGAGGAUU